AGUCAUAAAUGAGUAAAAAUGCCACCGAAGCAGUCAAAAAAGGGCUCAGCGAAGAAGCCCAGUGCUGCCAGUAACAAGAACUGGGAGGUUGGUGUCACCAAAGCACAGUUUGAAGAGGAAUCAUGGCAGGCCUGUGUGUCUUUCUUGGUUGGAAAAAGUCCAGAGGAGGAGGACCUGAUCCAGGCUUUGGCUCUAGCUGCUCAAAAACCUCUACGCAAACUCUUCAGCUUGCUGACCUGGGACAGCACCCUUGCAAAGAUCCAAGAGCUGGGGAAUCCCAAAGCCAAAAAACCUGAUGAUAUCCCCAUGUUUUACGAGGUGACAGAGCCAGCGAAGGUGCUGCUGGAUGCUGGGGAGGAGAUUCCCUGUGACCUGAUGGCAAAAAUACUGAAGUUCCAGCUGCUACAGAUUAAAGCUACGGAUCUGCAGAGGAGGGAAACUGAGCAUGCUGAGGAGGAACAAAAAAAGGCCGGACCUCCCUCUGCCAAGGAUAAAGGAGGGGCCAAAACCCCUGACAAAAAGAGAAAGAGUGCACCUUCACCUGUGGGACCUCCUAAGGAUAAGAAGACCAAGCUUAAAUGCAGGGAUGAUGUUGAGCCACCUUCAUUUAUAGAUGAUGAACCAGAAGAUGGUCCUCAGCAUUACAUUCUGGUUCUGGGUUUUUACCGGCCCCACAUGAUUAAGGCCCUUGAUGCCAUAGGUGUACAUGUAGCCAAUGUCAUCAAAUUGUGUUCUACGCCCGCACAAACUUCAGAGGAGCUGCCGGUAAAACAAACAUGUGACGGUAAGUUGCAGAGUCUCCGGGUUUGGAUCCAGGUUGAUGAUGAUGUUGAGCUGGCUGCACAGGCUAGGAAGUUGGAUCUGUUCUGGUCUAGUUUGGGACCGGUUUUGGACAGCGGGCCUCCAGAGUCCAAGCUCCAGGAUUUGGUUCAGCUCAGCUACACUGUCCCAGACCUCUUUCCUCCCUUUGACAAACAAGACCCUGAGGCUGAGCUCGAAAUAGGAAGCCAAAUCUUUGAGGGUGUGGCCAAUCUUAUCUAUGACUGUUUGGACUGGCGUAGGCAACAUCAGCACUACCUGGACAACAUCGAACUUAUCAGUGUGCCCACUGUUGUUCGGUUGGAUCCACAGCCUGCAGAGAAAUCAGCACAAGAGGAGAACUCAAAAGUACAAGGAACAAAGCUGCCUCCUCUUUCUACGGACGUGGACAUGCGUUACUAUAACAACCUACUUGACCUGGUUAACCCUGAAGCCUGCUCGGUGCCUCUAAUCUUGCAUUGCAUGCUGGAACAGGUCGUGAUUUCAACAGAGCAGUUCGUCCCUCCCCAUGUAGCUGAGAAGCCCAAACCUCGCCAUGGUCCCGGGUUAGACUACAAGCUGCUGAGCUUCAUGCUCGAAAGCUUCCUGCCUUUGUUACACACUGAAGAGGAGAAGAGCCAGCUAUUAAACAGCUUGUUGACUAAAGCACGUGAGGAAGACAGGAAGAAGCUACUUGGGAAGUUUGGAUCAGAUGAGUCUUUGAACAAGUUUGAGCACCCCCUGGUUAUCAGGCACCACGAUGAGAGGGCACUGCGUUUGAGGGAUAUCAAUGCAAUCGAAGGUUUUGAUCCAGCAGAGGUGGAAUCCUCGAUGAUGAGGCUCUCUCCUGUGUGGAAGCUCAUCUGUUCUGUCGCUAAGCAGAGAAACAGCAACUCCUGUUGGAUGGCAAUCAAACAUCAGCUACAUCAUUACUGCACAGAUGAUGUUGUGUCGUGGCCAGAGGUAGAUCGUUUUUUCCGUCACAGUGUGUUUGAAAGUAUGCCUCUGACCAAACUGGACCAAAAGGGUGCAGCACUACAAGCUCCUGCUACAGGGAGCAAUAAACCAGCACAGCGACAGACGCCUGUGAUAAUUCCCUGGGACAACCCGCCAUCCUACGCCAAACAGCAGCUAAAUCAUCUCAAAACUAAGGGUCCAACAUUCCUUACAGAAAAUCCUGGUGAUACAGAGAUUUGCGGGAGCGUUUGUUGCCAGCCGGACCUAUCAGACAUCCAAAGCUGCAGGCUGAGAUCUCUCUUUGACUGGCACUAUGCUGAACACCACAAUGCCUCCAUCUUCCCACAGGUUCUCCAGUCCGCCUCAGAUGAAUACUGCUGCCUGGACACUUUCAGAGGAAGUCUGAACAACAUCCUGUACAUUUUUUGUCACAAUCCAAUGAGCCCUUAUCGCCAGUGCAAGGAGUUCUGGGAUGUAACCCUUCACACGGAUGUCAAGUUCAGGAAGUACCUGAAGUAUGUUGCGGAAAUAAUUUCAGAUUGGACCAACGAGGAGGAAAUGAAAAGAGAAGCAGUCCAGCUCCAAAAUCAAAGUCCAUCAACCGAGUCGCCAACAGAGGAAAAGGCUAAAGAUUUUGCCAAGGAGGAGGAGGAGGAGGACACUGUGGAGCCAGUUAUAAGAAAAGACUCUCUUAAAGCCUGGAAGUUAGAGCAGGAGCGUCUGAGGGAGGAGGAGACGACCAAAAAAUCAAAAAAGGACAACGCACAGAAAUCCAAGCAGCAGAAAGAGGAGGCUAAGUCCGUAGACGACAAGAAAAGUAAAGCUUCGACUGGUGGCAAGAAAAGCAAAGCAGAGGCGGCAAAGAGCUCUGCCAAGACUCCGAGAGAGUCCAUUACUACCAAAGUGCCCCCUGCUGAGGAAAAUAAAGAACAGCAUCCAACGGAGGAAUCGUUCAAUCGUUUCACAGGUUACAGCGUGGAUGGAAAGUUGAUUCAUGUGUCAGGUCGUGUACAGUACCUUUUCCCUUCAGAUGGAGGACACAUCGCUGCGGAGAACAUCAGCUAUGUUGAAGGUUCCAGACUGAUGAAAGUGGCCGUGAGGAAGGAUGGGCAUCAUUUCUGCACACACGUCAACCAAGUUGUUGUUGAUCAAGCAGAACCUCCCCGUCAGGUCGCAGACAAAGAGUCCAAUGUCAAAGAUUUUAAAGAGUCAGAGCCUCUGGAGAAGAAAAUAGUGAAGCAGGGAUCCCUGUCAGCAGUAUUAGACAAUGGAAUUCACCUCUCAUACAGUUUUUAUGGUCCCACAGGAGAGUACAAAGUGAGUGACCUGGAAAAAGCAGGAGGGACCCCAGAGACCUCAACCUUCCUCCCCAUUCCUCCCUCCUCCUCCUCCUCCCAACACUCAAAGGAGGGUGAAGGCCAGCCAACAUUGACAUCAACUCCAUUCAACAGUCUCAACUUGUCUCUUCCUAAUGGUCUAUUUCUGCAGUUUAUGAGAGAGAAAACAAAAGGCGUGUCCCCAGAGGAGCAGGGUGUUUUGGUGAAGCAAUGCUUUCCUCUUCAUGGAAGGGGACCAGCAGGGCAGCUUCAGGACCCUUCCCUCUGCAAAGAACUGUCCCGCAUUGUCACCAGCCAGGGAGCUGUGAUACGAUACAUGAGAGAUGGGUCCACUGAGGUUCUGUUUGCAGAUGGCUCAGUCAGUUUCAGCCAAGAUUCUGGUCCAGUGUGGGUUCCCGACUCUGAUCUUGAGGAGGAAAACACCUCUGAGAAAACUGAGGGCACAAAUAAAGAACAGUGCACGGAGAAGGAAACUCACUCUCAGAGUGGAUUUUGGAUAACUACGACUCCAUCUGGAGCUCGAAUCCACACUGUGGGGACCACACACAAACACAUACCAACCCCACCUAUUCUUGUCUUUAAGGCUACAGACCCCAUCACCCAUGAAGUGAUGCUGAGCCGAGAAGACCUGGUGGUUUCUGUCGAGGACCCUGACGGAUAUCGAAGUGUAGAACAUGCAGAUGGAACCAGGAUCACCAGUAUCUACCAAGACCGACCAUCAAGUGCACCACUACACCUGCUGAUAAACACAGGGGAGCAGCCUGAGAGUGUGACCCUUAGAUCAUCAUCUGGUUGUGCGUGUGGCUGCAUUGAGUGUGUGUGUGUCACACGCCGUGAGGACAGCAUCAGUGAGAAAGUGCACCUCCAGGACACUUGUGGUCAUGAGGAAAAAACAAGCAAGGGUAGUGAAAAGGAGGCUGCUGGACAGGCUGAGUGUGAGCAUGUGUGUGAUGAAAGACAACAUUGCACGCAUGAGAAUGAAGAGGCAAGCGUGUGUGCCGAGGCGAACGGUAAGAUGAGCGCAUGCGAGAGCAAUAAGGGGAGUUUGACAACCAAAGAGCUGGUGGUGUUGGUGGAGAAGGAGGGCUGCACCACGGUGGCGAUGUACCCAGAACGACACGCAGCUCAUGUCUUCUUAGCCGAUGGAACAGUCAUCACUGGGAACAACCAAGCAGCCUAUCAGGUGUUCCCCUCCAGUGUGGGGCUCCUGCAGAUCCAAAGUGAUGGGAAGUGUGUGUACUACUCUGACCCACUUGUCACCCCCAGUCCUCAUGAUAGCACUUCAACAAACCAACCAGGAAGCUACACAAUGAGCCACACGGACAAAGUGGCCUGUGACAUUACAGACCCCGACGGGAACCACUUCCAGGUGAUGGAAGAUGGGCGGUUAUCAGUGUUGAACUUCAGCCCUGCUCCCAGCACACUGAAACAUGAUGAGGAGGAGCCAGAGGAAGAGGAGGACAGAGAACUGGCGAGGGUUCAUGUAAAACAUGGAGAACAUUGUCCCAGGUUGUUUGUAGUGCAUGAGGAUGGCUCGGGUACUGAACUACUGAGCUCUCAAACUGUAGAGGAACUGCACUACCAGGCGUACUCUGACCCUACCAUAGCCCUGCUGAAGGAACCGCUGCCAGACAUACAAGAUGAGUUUGCCAUUACCAUCCUAAAGCCCAGCCAACAGAGUGUGUGGUCCCAGUGGUUGCUAGGGAAACAGAACCCUGACAUCACCCCUCCCAACCUCAGAAACCGUACCUGGCAUGACUUCCCUAGAACAGAGAAUAGGAGCACAGGGCCUCCAUUUGGCUCUGAUCUGGGACGAGGUUUGACUCUGAGAGACAGAUCUGGUGGUUCAGUAGCACAGCGUGAACCUGUCAGGAGCUGCCCGAAAGUCCUGGAGAUGAGGGAACUGUACCAGUACAGACAAAUCACCACUCCUCUCAGAAAUACUAUAGACUCUCGACUGAAGGUAUACAUCCAGAGUUUGAUGGAGAGGGAGCAGAGAUCAGAAGAGAUGAAAAUCAAAGACCCUCGCACUGAGGAGGAGAGUGUUCAUGCCAGUGAUCUGCUCAACCUAGUCCUGUCUUUUGCAGAAGAAGAGGACGCUUGUCAAACCUUCCUCGAGAGGACAUCAGUGGACAUACAUAAUCUUUACAGCCAAGACGUUGAGGCCCCAACAGAGUUGGAUGUUUCCGAGAACAUGGACACAGUAUCUAGUGACAGUUUCACAAGUGGAAAGAAGUCGAAAUGGACUGGAAGACUUGCACAAUGCAGACAGGAAAUAUCGGAGGAGAAGGCGUACAGAGAGGCUCUGAGGAAGAAGAACAUUGUUCCUUUUUUCCACCCAGAAAAUGAUCAGUUAUACCAGGAACUGCAUGUGUCCACUUCGACACUACAGCACCAGAGACCAGACAUGAAGAGUCUAUCCAUGGCCCUCCCACCAAUCCUGAGGUCAGACAGUGUCGAGGUCAUUCUGAAGGAUGCCCCACAAGAAACAACCCCACGACCCUUAAACCCAACACCCUCUCAGUCUGCCUGUCAUGCAGCAGCAAGUGGCAGGAUGCUUCCAAAAAGACCCACCAACCCAGAGCCUCAAACUGCUGGUGAAAGCAUUCUUCGGGGUUCAUCUAUGCAAAAUAAGUCAGUCCAGGUGGAUGUGACUGGAAAGCCUAGGAGGACCAAAGUCAGGCUGCCAACCUCUAUCCUCAGCUCGAAACCCUGCAGUGUUCCAAAUCAACGGUUCCUCUCAGUGAAGGAGCCAGUGAGGAGGAUGUGUCGAACUAGUUCUCUGGCUGAUCCAAAUGUCAUAGUGAGGGGAUUCCAUCUCGUCCCCUCCAGUGUUGACUUUGGUGCACUGCAGGAGGGCACCUUCUCAACCGUUAUUGUGGUGAUGAAGAAUGUGGGAGUUGACACCUGCAGAUUCCAUGUGAAACAACCUCUUCUUGCUACAGGUCUGCGGGUCAUCUACAAUCCUGGACCUGUGGCUGCAGGUUUGCAGGUUGAGCUGCGGGUUCAGCUCUUUGCCAUGUGUGUGGCUCAAGCAGGAGAGGUAGAGCCCAAGAAGUGCUUCUCCUAUGACAUCAUCAUCAACACUGAGACAGACAUCCUCUACCUGCCUGUCACUGCUACCAUCCUUUCUGAGAGGUUAUACGACAUAUCGUUGAAGGACCACAACAAGAAAGGAUCCAAGGUCCGUCAGUUGUCCUCUAAUUUGCCAGUCGGACGAGGGGCCACGCAGCCUGGUUGUUCCUGCCCAGACCUCCAGGAGCAAACGCAGGGCCCCAUUAAAGUGCGAAGAAACACAGAUGAUCUCCAAUCCGAUUGUCAGUCAUCAAAUAACCAUCGCACAACAUUCCUGUUCAACAUGUUAAUGCAGCUUUUCAUAUUGUUUGCAUGUUUGCAUUGCUUCUGUUUCAAAUAAAAAUCUU